GCGUUGCUCGCCCCUGCCGGGUGCCCGCCGAAGCAGAUCGAAGCCGAAGCGAGCAGGAGAGGAGAGAAAAAAAGAGGGAGGCUACGAGAGGAUGCCGACGACCACCUGCAACGCGUGCAACGUGGUGUUCUUCGACGACGAGCAGAAGCGGAUCCACUACCGCUCCGAAUGGCACCGCUUCAACCUCAAGCGCAAGGUGGCUGGAGUUCCUGGUGUGACGGAGGCUCUGUUUCGGGCAUGGGAAGCCGCUCUCUCGGCUGGAACCACUCCGACGCUGUACACCUGUUCUCUGUGCGAGAAGGAGUACACGAGCUCUCGAGCUCACGAGCAGCACCUCACCUCGCGAUCGCAUCUCAUGAGAGCCGCCGCCUCUCAGGAUCCCACCACUUCCUCCUCCACUGCCGGAGGAAUAACCACGCCACUUCCGGUGCGCGCUACGGCAGAAGAGGAUGGAGACGCAGAGGAGUCGGCGGCGGCUGGCGAAUCCACUUCGAGCAGCAUGCAAGUGAACGCGGCGGAUUGUUCCUCCACUACUACUAGACGCGACGAUGAGAUCGAAGAAGAGCUGGAGCUGGAGUUGGAGUUGGACCCCUCGUGCUGUUUCAUGUGUGACCUGGAGCACGGCACCGUGGACGACUGCUUGGUCCAUCUGCACAAGAAGCACGGGUUCUUCGUACCUGACAGCGAAUAUCUGAAGGAUCCCGAUGGUCUCCUUACCUACGUCGGACUGAAGGUGAAGCGGGAUUUUAUCUGCCUCUACUGCGACGACAGACGCCGGGCCUUUCAGAGCCUUGAGGCCGUCAGGAAACACAUGGAUGCAAAGGGGCACUGUAGAGUGCGGUAUGGUGAUGGCGGAGACGAUGAGGACGCGGAUCUCGAGGAUUUCUACGAUUACAGUAGCAGUUAUGCUGAUGCGGAUGGCAAGCAGCUGGUUGCUGCUGCUGAUGGUAACUGUGGCAUCGAGCUUGGAAUCGGCGGUUCAGAGCUAGUAAUCACAAACAAGAGUGUAAAGGGAACACGUGUCCGAUCACUCGGUUCUCGGGAAUUCAUCCGCUACUACCGUCAGAAACCGCGGCCUUCUUCUUCUUCUUCUUCUUCUUCUUCUUCUUCUUCUUCUUCUUCUUCUUCUUCUUCUUCUUCUUCUAAAACAGUUCGCGCUCCUGCGCUCUCCAUGCCGUCCAGAUACAGGAGCGUGGGUUUGGUGACAGUUUAGUCUGAACUGCAAACUGUGAGGAUGAAGAAGCAGGCUGAUCGAUCUUGUGGUCCUCGCGUGGUACUAGGAGUAGAGUAGGUAUGCAAAGGCCAGCCAAAAAAAAAGAUCAAUAUGUGAGUUACGGGAUUAGUAAUCAAAAUGGAUUGCGGAUUGGCAUGAUGCAAUUGCAAUCUAGGAGAGUAUAUGUAGGAGUAGAACUGGAAUGAAGGGCAAUGUUGUCAGAGACCUUCAGAAGAAUCGCCCGUAGCAUAUUUGUGUGUUUGGGAGCUUCCUUUUGACCUUCAUGGGAAUCAUGGUGUGUAUUUUUUUUCUUUUUCCAUUACUGAUCAUCGUUGUGCUUAAGAUAUGUCGAAUUUGAAUAUAACUUUUGGUUGGAUC